CACGCCUUCAGCGCCUUGCCCUCGCUCCUCCUCUUGACAUCUCGCUCGCCUCGCUCGUCUCUUGCUCACCACCACCACCAUCUCUCUUCACCUUCUCGACACGCCAAGCCAUGUCCGUUCCGCUCUCCAUCUCCUUCUACGUCCCUCCGCCCACGCCCACUCCUCUGCCUCCCCAUCGUCCUUCUUUCCUUAACAACCCCACGCUUCAGGGCGUUGAUCUGCUCUCGCUUCUCACGGCGCCUGCCGGCAGCGAUGCCGAGGCGCAGCAAGAGGCUCAAGCGGCGCUGGCGAAUGCGGGCUGUGAGGCCAAGGAGGUGCGUGAGGUAGUGAAGCGCAUCGAGGAGAAGACGCAGAUGGCUUGCUUUCGCGCCAUGCUGCUCGAGGACCGCACCACGAUCCUCCUGCAACUCGAGGGCGGCAUGAAGUACCACUUGGCGCUGCAUGGCACGUCUCCCUCGCCCAACUCGAGCAUCAAGCCGCUGUUGAGCUCGGCCGGCUGGGAGGAAGCAGGGCGCAGUCCUUCUCUGAGUCCGGAACGUGCGCGUGCGGGCGACAGCGGCGGUGAGUUCGAUUCAUCUCCUAUGCGGCCGCAGCCUUGAGCGCAUGCUGAGUCGAGUCGUGCCGCCGCAGUGGCGUUUGAAGGAGAGCGUGUCUCGAAGGGAGAGACGGAGCUGAAGUGGGCGCUCUUCGAGGCUCCGACGCAGAUGCAGAAGAUGCAAGGACGUGGACGUGCGCUGUUUCG